AUUAUAAAAGCGCUUUGAAUGAAAGCUAGAGGCGGCAGUCUCAACAAAACACUAGCAGAAUCGAUAAAAGAAAUGAAGUUCGCCACUAUUUUAGUCCUCGGUUUGGUUGCCGUUGCUAACGCCUUUCCACAACAACUUUGGGUCAUCAGCAACGCCGAAAACAUUGUCCAGAAUGUCAUCAACCAAGCUGACAGUGACUUAGACUUAAUCGUCAACAUUGUCAAGGACUUGACCUCUGGGACGACAACUAAAGCCGAUGGCAUUAUCUCGGCUGCCAAGGAGACAGUCGACUUGGCCAUAGCUGGGUUCGAAAAUACCAUCACAGGACUUUUGAUCGAAGAUGCAGCAGCCUCAAAUUGUAUCCAAGAGAAUUCAAAUUCUUUGGACAAUCUGGUGGACUCCUUUGAAAAGGACGUUGAAUCAUGCUCAGGAGAUUUGGCUGACAACAUCAACACCUUCAAAAAGCAAGUUCUUGAAGAUGUUGAUGACUUAAAAUCCUCCAUCUCUCAAAUGGUAGACAUUGUAGCUGAGUGUGCCACUGAUAUCUCUGAAACUCUACUAUGCACAGCAACCAAGGCCGGCUCUAUUGAGAGUCUCAUCAGUAACACUCUCUUAUCGGCUAAAACAGCGGUAGCUGCCGCUCAGCAACAGGUUGUCGUGACUGUGGGUAAGAUUCAAAAAUGCGCACAAAAAUCUGCUGAGAAGGCGACAGAUAAAAUCAACCAGUUGGUGGCUAAUGUACAGCAGUGCAUCAGCGAAGAGAAAGAAAACUAAAAAAGUCAAACGUGAUAUUGUAAUGAAUUAAAUGAACAUCUCACUACAUUAA